AUGGCUACAGUUUUCAACACGACAACUGCUGUUUAUAAUGGAACUGAGAAAAACGGUCAAACUACAAAACAAGAUUUGAGAGUUGUUGAAGGACCCAGUACACUGUCUGAACGCACUAUUUACUGGUGGGUUGAAGCAUUUGAAGAUGGUGAUGAGAACAUUAAAGAUGACUCCCUGCUUGCGAAACUGUUGCCUGCAAAAAAAUCGUAA